AUGGCGCCAAGCACAAAGCGAAAGUCGGAAUUCAAGUCCAAUCACUUCAUCGCUAGUGACGAUGAUAGCAACAAUGACACCACCACUCGACCAUCAAAGAAGGGCAAGACAGCAGGGUCUGACUUCACACCGUCGCUUGCUCCCCAAGUCGAAAAGAACGGCGACACCUACUGGGAGAUAUCAAAGUUGCGAAGAGUCACCAUCAACGAAUUCAAGGGAAAGCAAAUGAUCAAUGUGAGGGAGUACUAUGAGAAGGAUGGUCAGAGCUUGCCUGGGAAGAAGGGAAUCUCUAUGACAAUUGAGCAGUACUCGACAUUACUGCAGAUAUUACCGCAAAUUGAGAAGACGUUGGCGGAGAAGGGCGUGAGUGUUCCGAGGCCGGACUUCGAUGGUGCAGCACCGACGAACGCUGGAGAUGAGGACGAAGAUGAUGAGGGCGCGAAGAAUGGUGAUCAUCAGAAAGCCAACAUCGAAGCGACGAGUGAUGAAGACGAGGCUGAGAAGCGCUAA